AGCCUUGCACAGGUGUACCAGCUCCUCCCCUUCAGUCUUGCACAGGUGUACCGGCUCCUCCCCUUCAGUCUUGCACAGUGUACCGGCUCCUCCCCUUCAGUCUUGCACAGGUGUACCGGCUCCUCCCCUUCAGUCUUGCACAGGUGUACCGGCUCCUCCCCUUCAGUCUUGCACAGGUGUACCGGCUCCUCCCCUUCAGUCUUGCACAGUUGUACCGGCUCCUCCCCUUCAGUCUUGCACAAGUGUAUCGGCUCUUCCCCUUCAGACUUGCACAGGUGUACCGGUUCCUCCCCUUCAGUUUUGCACAGGUGUACCAGCUCCUCCCCUUCAGUCUUGCACAGGUGUAGCAGCACCUCCCCUUCAGUCUUGCACAGUUGUGUUGGCUCCUCCCCUUUAGUCUUGCACAGUUGUACGGGCUCCUCCCCUCCAGUCUUGCACAGUUGUACCGGCUCCUCCCCUUCAGUCUUGCACAGGUGUAUCGGCUCUUCCCCUUCAGACUUGCACAGGUGUACCGGCUCCUCCCCUUCAGUUUUGCACAGGUGUAGCAGCACCUCCCCUUCAGUC